CUCAAACUUCGUAUACUAUAUGAUAAAUAUCUAUAUUUUCUCCAGAAUUUGUUUUCCAUGAAUUGUGACCCCCUUUGAGGCAAACAAACAAUUUUGAUGGCAAAGUGAUAGCAAGUGAUGGCAUAUGCGCUGAAAUUGCUCUCAAAGAGCGCUUCCGCUGAGAAUUGCAUCGAAUGACAGACAAACAGACAGACAGUAUAUCAACCGUUAUAUCCAACCAUAGCUUCAGCCAAAACUCGUCAAUUGAAAGUUAACAUUGCAUUCAAUGAUAACUUCGUUGAAAUAGCCUGAGCCUGACGAGUAUUAUCAUUGCAUAUUCCUAGUGUGUGUUUUAGGGUGUGAUUCGUUAGCAACACUUUGCCAUUCAUUUCCCAAACUAUCGUAACUAACAUUUCGGUUACGAAUUUCACUUUAAACUCGAGAAAUACCUUAUUUUGCUGUACAAAAGCUUUUGGAGGAAUCAGAGGUUUGGCAUUCAAAAAGUUGUGCUAACAUUGAAAGUGAAGGCGUGUGAGAGAUAAGUGAAGGGAACGGACCAUACCUUUCCAGUAUCACUGCCUGACAAACAAAAACCGUUUCUUCAUAUAAUUGCUAAAUAGUUUUUCACUCAAAUCCACUCAACAUUACUUGUUACAAAAAUGCCUCAAAACAAACACCUUAAUUACUAUGGAUUUCUCGGACUUUUCGUUGCCUUAGCAUCCGUGGCAUCGUUUUUCAUCCUGAAGAACAAGGACUGCACAAUACUGACGGGCGAUGACUAUCCCAAACUGGAGAUCAUUCAGAUCACGGGCACAAUUACGGGGAGUGUCUUAUUUCUACUCAGUUUCUUCAAUAUCGCCGGAAUAUUAUAUGACAUUAAGAUCUUAUUCUUCGCGGCGAUCGUUGCAAUUCUCAUAAUCUCUGGCGUUAUGUUUUGGGGCGCUUUCGUGGCCUUCUCCGAGCCGUGCACUAGUUUUCUGGGUCUGGGAAUCAAUUCAUCGGUUUUCGAGAAAAAUGCCUUCAAAGCCGAAGACGGACACAAUAUCGCAAUCAUGGUUUUGGACGUAUUGGCCGGACUUAUGCUCUCUUCUAUUGGAUUCACAUUUGGAAAACGUCUCUAAGAAAAGGAUCUCUUUUUUUCAUUAUAUUUACAUUUUUGAUUCAGUACUUUAAAAAUAUACACCGCUUUAAAUCGCAUCAAUUAUUACCUUUGAAUUCAUUCAUUUAAACUCAAAAUGAAUUUAAUUUUCUCUUUCUUUUUCUGUGUGAAUAUAAAUAUCCGAUAAAUGUUUUAAUCAAUUAUUGUGAUGCUAUUCAUGUGAAUACAGUUAACGUCCAAAUGCGCCAAAUAUUUAACAUAAGUGCUUAAUAAAUAUAUAUAAAUUUGUUGUUCACUUGAUUCUCAUAUUGAUAUACAUCUAAAUCUCUUAUAUUAUUACAUGACUUGUAGUGGUUUUUACACAAAAUUAACUUGUAUUCAAAGUAAUGCAAAGUACAGUAAAUUGUAUGAAAUGCGAAGAAUUGUUUAUUAAAUCACAAUUUUUAAAAUAAAAAUUAAUUAAAUCUGAUUUUAAUAAUUUGAAUAUUAUUUUGAGUAGAAAUAUGUAUUUAUAGCGUAUGAAUGCAUAGCAUAUGAAAAUCAAGUGAAACUAACAAAUGCUUAAAAUAGCGUAUAUAUUGUAAACCAACUGAAAGUGUAGUCCAAUAGAAAUAGUAGUCCAGAGAAAGUCUGGUUAUUAGCUGUAAUAUACCAUUGGAUCGAUAAAUAUCAUUGCGUUUUUAGCUACUGUUCCCAUAAAUAUGUUAUAUUUUAUUACAAUAUAAAUUAUUAUGUGCUUUUGACUUUUGCCUAAUAAUUGAAAAAACAGUUAUUACACACUAUUAUACUGUAUAUUCUUUUAUCUGAUAUUAUAACAGAUUUAAGAUGUCUUAUAUUUUACUGUUAUAUAAACACUAUUUUAUGUGGAUAUGAAUGAAAUUUAAACGCAAAUAUUAACUAAUAUUUUACACAUCCGUCGAAAUAAUUAUAAAAUUACUAUUAAUACUAAUAUAUGAUUGAUUUGAAAUUCAAAGUAAAAACAUUUACACGUUAUUCUUAAUGUCAAAAUAUAUUGUUUUCGUAUAUAUUUAUUGUCAAUUCACAUGAAUUGUUAUUCUGUGUCUCAUUUUAAUAAGAAUUGUGUUAAUGUUAAGCAAAUUAAUGUAAUUUUAUUCAAUUUAAGCUAUUUUUGUUAUAAUGUUUUAAAACCUUUGUGUUCAUUCAGAAUAUAUUAAUUUCCAUUGAAAGACAUUUAUACUCUUUGCUGAAGAGUAUGUAAAACCCCUACCCUUUACAUACUUCAAGUAUACC